AUGGUUACAGAAGUAGUGGAAGUCCAUGGUGGCCAGGAUCCCCGAGUAGACUUGGACUACUGGAAACACCUGCUCGGCCCAAUCAUUGGUUCUCUUCUAAAAUCGACUGGAUCGUACUCGCCGGCCGACCAGGACGAGCACCUACGUGUCCUAUCUGAAUAUGUCAUCCCGAACCUUGGCCCACGGCCAUCUGUGGCUCAUACUAGCUCGUUUAUAACGCAGACCGGCUGCCCUCUACAACCCUCAAUUUAUUUUUGUAGCUCCGGCAAACCUCUAGUACGCUAUUCCUGGGAGCUACUAGGUCCCCGCGGCGGUAGUGAUGGCGACCCAUUUGCUAUAGAGGCAGCACAAAAGAUACUGUCUUUUCUUUCUACCACCGUUGGGUUCUGUACUCGAUGGACCAACGCCUUGCUCUCGGCUUUCUCACCUACACCCGAAGAAGUAAAGGUCGUCCAGGCCAUGAUUCCGAAAUGGUUGAAGAGCUUCGCGGCGGAUGAACAACUGCCCCAAAUCAAGCGACUUUGUUUUUGCUUCGUUGCCUUUGACUUGAAAGGCCCCAAGGCGUCUAUAAAGGCGUAUUUUAACAUAAAGGCAAAGUCAAUGGCAACCGGGGUCCCGGAAAACGAGAUUACAUGGAACGUUCUUAGAAACCUUAUGCCCUCGUUUGAUCCGGCCUUGAUCGAUACUCUUGGGCAAUUUCUUGCCGAGAACCCCGCUUCUGCAGUCGACACAGUAGCAGUUGACUGCGUUGACGAAGCUAGUCUGUCAAAUGCACGAGUCAAACUUUACGUCGUGUCUGCGAAUAACUCUUUUAAUGCAGUCCGGGAUUAUAUUACUCUUGGCGGUCGUUUUCAGAAUAAGGUCAUUCUGAAGGGUUUGGCGCUCUUACAGGACAUUUGGCAUCUCCUGCUUCAAGAGCCUGAAGGUAUCGUCAACGAUGACUACAAUAAACGCCCAAACCACUGCUCUCCCAUGAGUUUAUAUAUCAAUUUUGAGAUACGACCUGAUACGAAGCUUCCUGAAGUCAAGAUCUACUUGCCGCUUUGGAACUACGUACGGAGCGAUGAGGAAGCUGUCAACAAUUAUGAGGAGGUCUUCCGGAGAUGCGGCUAUGAGUGGGGAAAGGAGGGGAUGUAUUGGAAAGCUUUUGAAAGUGCCUUGUACGCAUUGCCCUUUCUCAUCUAG